GUGCGACCGCCUAGGGAGGCGGGGUCAGGGCUGGGUGAGGGGCAGCUGACGCCUGGUGGGCCAGAAAAGCUCAGCCCGCGGGCUUCGUGGACUCAGGAGGCGGGAACAACCGGACUCGAGAACCGAGGCUCCCCUACGACCAGGAACCGCCCAAUAUGGCAUCAGAAAGCGGGAAGCUGUGGGGUGGCCGGUUUGUGGGUGCGGUGGACCCCGUCAUGGAGAGAUUCAAUGCAUCCAUUGCCUACGACCGGCACCUGUGGGAGGCGGAUGUGCAGGGGAGCAAGGCCUACAGCCGGGGCCUGGAGAAGGCGGGACUCCUCACCAGGGCCGAGAUGGACCAGAUCCUGCGAGGCCUGGACCAGGUGGCAGAGGAGUGGGCCCAGGGCACCUUCAAGCUGCACCCCAGCGAUGAGGACAUCCACACAGCCAAUGAGCGGCGCCUGAAGGAGCUCAUUGGAGAUGCGGCGGGGAAGCUGCACACAGGACGCAGCCGGAACGACCAGGUGGUGACGGACCUCAGGCUGUGGAUGCGGCAGACCUGCACCAUGCUCACGGGCCUCCUGUGGGAGCUCAUCAGGACUAUGGUGGACCGGGCAGAGGCGGAACGCGAUGUCCUCUUCCCAGGGUACACGCACCUCCAGAGGGCCCAGCCCAUCCGCUGGAGCCACUGGAUCCUGAGCCACGCGGUGGCGCUGACCCGGGACUCGGAGAGACUGCUGGAGGUGCAGAAUCGGAUCAACGUCCUGCCCCUGGGGAGUGGGGCCAUUGCAGGCAACCCUCUGGGUGUGGACCGGGAGCUGCUCCGAGCAGAACUGAACUUCGGGGCCAUCACGCUCAACAGCAUGGAUGCCACCAGCGAGCGAGACUUUGUGGUGGAGCUCCUGUUCUGGGCGUCCCUGUGCGUGACCCACCUCAGCAGGAUGGCAGAGGACCUCAUCCUCUACGGCACCAAGGAGUUCGGCUUCGUGCAGCUCUCUGAUGCCUACAGCACUGGAAGCAGCCUGAUGCCCCAGAAGAAGAACCCCGACAGCCUGGAGCUAAUCCGCAGCAAGGCGGGCCGUGUGUUUGGACGGUGCGCUGGGCUCCUGAUGACCCUUAAGGGACUUCCGAGCACCUACAACAAGGACCUGCAGGAGGACAAGGAAGCCGUGUUUGAGGUGUGUGACACUAUGAGCGCAGUCCUGCAGGUGGCCACAGGUGUCAUCUCCACACUGCAGAUUCACCGUGAGAACAUGGUGCGGGCGCUCAGCCCUGACAUGCUGGCCACGGACCUCGCCUACUACCUGGUCCGCAAAGGGAUGCCGUUCCGCCAGGCGCAUGAGGCCUCCGGGAAAGCCGUGUGCGCUGCCGAGACCCAGGGCGUGGCCCUGAGCCAGCUGUCGCUGCGGGAGCUACAGACCAUCAGCCCCCUGUUCUCGGGCGACGUGAGCCGUGUGUGGGACUACGGGCACAGCGUGGAGCAGUACAGCGCCUUGGGCGGCACGGCGCUCUGCAGCGUCGACUGGCAGAUCGGCCAGGUGCGGGGCCUGCUGCGGGCACAGCAGGCGCGGAUCCCCGCGCCCGCCCCCCAGUGAAGCAGACGCCGCCUGUUCCUGCCCAGCCUGGCUCCUGGGGCUUCUUGAGGGUCCGUCCGGCAGCCAUGGAGGAAGCGGAGAGGGGACGGGGAGCAGGGGGCGGCCAGCUAGAGUGUGUCGGCCGCCCGGCGUCCUUGGAGCCCUGGUGGCCCCUGUGAGCGAGCUGGGCCCUCCCUGCUGCCCUCUCCCCUCUCCCCUGGCACCUCGGAGCAGGUGGCCCGGGCCGAGCCCUGUGCCAGGACUGCAGGGGUGACGUGAAUGCCAAGGUCCCGUCAGCUGCUUACAAAGCUCCAGAUGGACCCCGGCAUGGUGGUCAGGCCUGUGAUCUCAGCACUGUAGGAGGCUGAGGCAGGAGGAUCCCAAGUUCAAGCCCAGCCUGGGCAGCUUAGUAACUUAGCAAGACUUUGUCUCAAAAUAAAAAAUAAAAAGGGCUGGGGAUGGAGCUCAA